GCACGGUCAUCAAGAAACGUGUUAUGGAUUUCGGUGCACUUUUUGCCGCGUGGGCUUUUAACCUCCCCCUCCUCCUCCUCCUCCUGAUCCUCCUGGAUUGAGUAUUAUACGAGUGGAACUGUUUAACCCCUGCUGCUUUUGGAGAUCUGUUAGUGAGGGAUAGCACAAGAGGCUAAUAUGAAUUGGUGGCAUAAGAUGAGGAAAGCAUGGUUUGCUAUCUCUUCAAGAGUCAAGUUUCACAAAGCUGGUUCAGGAGGUGGCAGGGGUGGUGUGACUAGUAGGAGUGCUAGUGGUUGGUUGAAGUUGCAAGAUGAUGUACAAAUGUGUGGGUAUAAAGAUGUGGAAGUGAUGUGGAAUAUGUUUAUUGAAUCCAAUCGACAGCAAAUGGCAGCAGCAUCAGCAGCAGUGACCUCAAUUUCAAAACCCACCAGCAAGCAAAACCAAGGGCCUUCUUCUUUGAGGUCUUUCUUUUGGUGUAACAACUCUCCAACUACUACUACAGCUUCGUUUACUUCAUUAAAUCAAGUUCUAAUUACCACAGCACAAAAGGAUACGGAAAUAAUUGAGGGGUAGGGUACUUGUAUUUAGUUUAGUUUUUGCUCAUUGAGAAAAGGGAAAUGGGGUAUACGCUUUCCGAAACAUUUGUGCUCUUAGGAAUACAGUUCACCAGAAUUAUACAAAUUACAGUAUUUUA